AUGGAGGAAAGCGGGGCCACCGUCGAGGCCACCGAAGUCGACAAUGAGACCCUGAACCAGUUAAACGCCCACUUCCUGGCGACGGCCGCGAAGGGGAUGGUGGCCGACGUGAAGACGGAGCAGGAAUGCCACGACUUCAACUAUCAGCUCAUCCAAGAGGUCAAGAAGCGCCCCUGCCUCUACGACAUGAACGACGACACCUAUAAUAACAACACGAUGCGCGCGGCAAUGUGGGCUGAAAUUGGGCAGCGCUUCAGCACCUCCCCCGACUUCGUGAAGACGCGCUGGAAGACGAUGCGUGACCGCUACAAGAAGGAGGAGAAGCGGUGGAAGGCGGGCAAGCUGACGGCCUGGACCUUUUUCCAGCACCUCCACUUCAUCUCGCCCUAUCUGCGUGCGCGAUACCCUCACGAUCCGGAAGAGCGGAGUGUUGAUUGUCAACAGUCGGACGAAGAGGGAUCGCCGCAACCCACAUUAUUAGACAUCAUCGCCAGCACGACGGCGAUGGCCGAAGAGGCGACGGUGAAGGCGGACGGCCCGGCGCGGAAGCGCGUCAAGUACGAGGAGAAGGAGGAACGACCCGAAACCUCGGUCCCUUCCCCCCUAUCCAUCAACACCGCUUCAUCUCCCUCGGCAACCACCGCCGGCCAGUCCACCCCCGUGUCGAUGGGCUCUUCCGCCGGCACGAUGCAACCGUGCGUAAAAACGGAGCACAACUCCUCCUGCUCCUCCUCCGCCCUGGCCCCGCCCACCUGGAAUCGACUGCAGGACGAGGGGGCUGAAAUGUUCGGGCACAUGGUGGCGAUGAAGCUGGCGACGAUGCCGCCAAAGUUGCGCGAGAAGACAAAGCAUGUCCCGUUCACGCUUCCGAUGAACGAGCCCCCAAUCCCGGGCUCCGUCAUCGAGGUCCACGGCCACCACAAGCAUCACGAGGUGUUCGUCGUCGAGCUGCUCUCCGGGCCGCACGUCGUGCUCCACCUCUCCUUCCGCUUCCACCCCCACGAGCUGGUGCUCAACUCGUCGGCCCACGGCAACUGGGCCCAUGAGGAGAAGACGCACAACCCGGUGCCCAAGCACGACCAUCACUUCACCCUGAAGAUCAAGGUCCAGACCACGCACUAUGAUAUUGAGGUUGAUGGCCACCACGUCGCCACCUUCAACCACCGCUACCCGUUCGCCACCGUCCAGGCGCUCGGCGUCCACGGUGACGUUCACAUCAAGGACGUCCACUUCCAAGGAUUCCACUUCCAGAACCAAUGGGGCAACCAGCACGACUUUGGCCACGGCGGCUACCAAGCCUACGGCACCCCCAGCUACGUGCCCCCAGUUUUCCAGGACAACCACCCCCACAACACUCACUACGAUCCCUACCGC